AUGGGUAACGAAUCCUCCACCUUCACCCGCAAAGGGGGCUCGAAAAGAGCUUCAGCAGACAAAUCAAGGGGCCAAAAGUCAAAGGGACAGGGUACACGCGCGAAAGAAUCUCGCUCCGGUGGAGAAGCUUCAUCAGACGGUAAAGGCGCAGAUCAGUCAACUAAAGAGAACUCUAAUGGAGACUCUAGAAGGGUAGUCACUAUGGAACCAAGUGCUCAUACAUUUGCUGGAACUUCGUCAGCGCGACGAGAUCGGUCGGAGCCUGUCAUGAUUACAGAUGCACUUGCAGAUGUUCGAGUGAAAUACCACAUAAAUCCUAAGGAACUUGGUCAUGGGCAUUAUGGUGUAGUGCGAAAAUGCAUGGAUCGUGAAACCAAAGAGUGGUUUGCAAUAAAAUCCAUUCGAAAGUCAAAAGUAUCAAAAAUUGAAGUUUUGAAGCGUGAAAUUCAAAUACUGAAAGAAGUCAAACAUCCAAAUAUUAUUGCAUUGAUUGAUGUAUUUGAAGAUGCAAAGUACCUGCACCUUGUAACCGAGCUGUGCACGGGUGGAGAACUCUUUGAUCGUAUCAUCGCCAAGACUCAAUCUGCAGAAGGUCAUUUUUCAGAGCAUGACGCAUCGCAACUUGUCCAGGACAUUCUAGACGCUAUUGCAUACUGUCAUGACGUAAAAGGAAUUGUUCAUAGAGAUUUGAAACCUGAGAAUUUUCUCUUUCUUACGGAAGCAGAAGACGCUCCGAUCAAGAUUAUUGACUUCGGUUUAUCGCGACACAACGAUGCCAAUCAAGGAAUCAUGAAAACAAAAGUUGGAACUCCAUACUAUGUUGCACCGGAGGUUUUGAGGAGGGAGUACACGAAGAGUUGUGAUAUUUGGUCGAUCGGUGUAAUCACUUACAUUCUCCUAUGUGGCUAUCCUCCAUUUUAUGGUGAUUCAGAUGCCGAAAUUUUUGAUUCAGUACGGACUGGAAAGUUCGAUUUUCCAUCGCCAGAAUGGGACAACAUAAGCUCAACCGCCAAGGAGUUUGUGAGGUAUUUGCUGCAAAAGGACCCAAGGGAAAGGCCCACAGCACUCCAAGCGAUGAAUCAUAGAUGGAUUCAAAUGCACGCGUCAGUAGACGAGAAAGUAGACGAAAAACCAAGCUUGCUAAGAAAUACUGAUCGUGGGACGACUUUCCGAAAGUUUCUUGCGAUGCAAAAGCUGAAAAAAGCAGCUUUGCUCGCGAUAGCUUCGAGUUUAACCCAAGCUGAAGUUGGCUCCCUCGGAGACAUAUUCUGCCGAAUAGACCAGUCAGGGGAUGGUGUUAUUACACUUACGGAACUAGAUGAUGCCAUCUCUCGUGGUAGCUUCCCACAGGAAAUCCAAGCAGAUAUAAGCACAUUGAAAGAAGAGCUGCGACUCUCUGAUACUGAUACAUUCAGUUGGAAGGCAUUCUUGGCCGCCACCAUGGACAAGAGUCUUGUGAUACGCGAAGACAAGGUCAAAUUUGCUUUUGAUCACUUCAAACAUUCAGACACAGAUUAUUUGAUAUUGGAAGAUUUUGUGGCCAUGUUUAAGUCUGAAGCACAAGCGAAAGAAAUUUUUGUAUUUUUGGACAAUGACUGUGAUGGGAAAGUAUCGUUUGAAGACUUUAGGAAUGCCAUGGAAGAAAAUAUUGAAAUUGAGAACGAAGAGUAA